UUGUAGUAACUGCCUUAUUACAAGUCAUUCAGUCUGUCUAGUCGGACGUAUAGUUGCGUAAACCGUCAGUUGUUUUGUGUACUCGAUACCUACCUACGAAUAGUGUGUUUGCUUUGAGGAAAAACUAACGUGAAAUAUUUUUUUUGGAUCUUCUAAAAGAUCUGCAAGUCAACUGCUAACUACUCUACGAGUUUUACUACAAACGAGACAAAAUGGCGAGCUUAGACAAAUAUCUUAACAUCAAAUACAAAUUGAAGAGUUCAGACCAGUUUGAAGAGUACAUGAAGUUUGUUGGAGUUGGUAUGCUCCAACGCAAAGCAGCAUCGGCAGUCAGCCCAGUGGCCGUGUUAACAAAAGACGGUGACACCUACACAUUUGCCAUGACUACUCCCUUCAGAGAUAUGGUCUUCAGCUUCAAGUUUGAUGAAGAGUUUGUUGAGGAGAGACCUGAUGGAGUUAAGGUGAAAACCGUGAUCACCAUGGACGGAGACACGAUGAUACAAACCCAGACAGACGACAGUGGAAAACGAUCGAUACACGUGAGGACUUUCACACCAGAACUCUUGACCGUGGUAUCAACAGCUGACGGUUGGGAUGGCAAAUGUGUUAGAACUUAUGAAGUAGUUAAAGAAUAAUUAAUAAUAAUUAAAUUAAAAUCACAAAUACUGUACACACGGGUGAUCGUCAUAGGUUUAUUAAGACAGCUGGUUCUGACAAGAUAUUGUAUUUAAUUUUCUAUUUUAUUAUUUAAUAAAUAAGUGAAAAUGUUUUAAA